AUGGACGGUAUUGCGCCGCCACCCGGUCCUCCGCCUCCCAAGGUGCCAGAGGGUUGGAAAGCCCAAUGGAACGAGCAAUACAAAGAAUGGUUCUAUGUCAAUAUCUACACUAAAAAGUCACAAUGGGAAAAGCCCACCGAACCUAUCUACCCACCACCCGAGGACGGCGCCCCUCCAGGGCCUCCUCCCGGAUACUCCAGCAACGGCAAGAGUUAUCCUGUGGACCAGAAGCCCAAUCCCUACGAUUCCGCAGGCUCCCACUCCCCUAACAACGUCGAAUCCGAUGCGGCGCUCGCCGCGCGUCUGCAAGCUGAGGAAAACGAGCGGGCACAAGGGUCAGGCAGCCGGAAUGCCUUCCAGGACUACCAGAACACACCUAUGCCCGCAUCACCGCAACCAUCUGGAUCUUCGCAACCGGAACUCCCACCGCGGGAGCAGAAGCGUGGCUUCUUGGGCAAGCUCUUAGGUAGGCCGGGCAGUAACAGCCCAAGCGGUUAUAGCAGUGCGAAUCAAUACCCGCCUCAGCAGCCUGCUUAUGGCGCUGGCGGAUAUGGUGCACGGCCAGCCUAUGGUCAGCCCCAAUAUGGUCAACCCCCAUAUGGUGGUCAACCGCAAUACGGAUACCAACAACCGGGCUAUGGGCCACCACCCCCAGCACCAUAUGGUGGCGGGUACGGAGGCGGUUACGGGGCACCGGCGCAGGCGGCGCCACCCAAGAAAAGCGGUAUGGGUGCGAUGGGAGGUGCAGCAUUAGGUCUCGGUGGUGGACUUAUCGGAGGCAUGUUGCUCGAGGACGCUAUCCAAGAUCAUGACCAGAACAUCUAUGAUCAAGGUUACGAUCAGGGUUACGACCAAGGUGAGGAUAAUGGAGAUUUCGGCGGGGAUGGAGGUGAUUUCGGCGGGGAUUUCUAA